GAACACCCGAUAGUGUAGGAGAUGAUUAUUUGGGGUGUCGGAUUAUUAGUAAACAUAAAUAGAGCUUUCUGGGGACAUUGUGAGGGUGACACUGGAGAAUGGGUGUUGUUCCUGCAUUGCACACAGAUCGCUCCCACCUGUGAUCCAGGAUCAGAUUGGAUGGGAGAGUCAGAUGGUCGCAGAUCACGUGCAGGGGGAAGCUCAGUGCACAAGAAAAUGGGGUUUUGUGUAAAUCUGGGGGCUUAAUGUUUCCAUAUAUCAAGCUACCUCGUAAAACCGACACUGGAGCCACCCGGACCACAAAUCACAGGUGAAGAAUAUGACUUCUUCCUAUUAUGUGAAUGCUCUGUUCAGCAAGUAUGCGACUGGGGCUUCUCUCUUCCAAAACACAGAGGCCACUUCGUGUUCCUUCACCAAUUCCCAGAGAAGCUAUGGAGCCGGCACUGGGGCAUUCCCAGCAACAGCAGGAGCACCCCCAUCCAUGACCGGUCUGUACAAUGUGAACAAUGCCCUGUACCAGACCCCCUUCCCUGGAUACAGCCUGGGCGCAGACGCCUAUAACCUCCAUUGCUCCACGUUUGAUCAGAACAUUCCUCUUCUCUGCAAUGACCUGGGCAAAGCCAACUGUGACAGCAAGGCGGAGGAGGCUACCUUACACCCCCAGAGUGACAGUCAUUUCCGCAUAUACCCAUGGAUGAGGUCCUCAGGUCCAGACAGGAAGAGGGGUCGCCAGACAUACACCCGGUACCAGACCCUGGAGCUGGAGAAAGAAUUCCAUUUUAACCGCUACCUAACCCGCAGGAGGAGGAUAGAGAUCGCCCAUGCUCUGUGCCUAACGGAGAGGCAGAUCAAGAUCUGGUUCCAGAACCGAAGAAUGAAAUGGAAGAAGGAACAUAAGGAGGAAAAUGUCGGCAGCCCAGAGGCUGGGGAUCAGACCCCUGCAGCCACUACUCCUGCGGCAGCCGCUGCUGAGGAGGAGGAGGAGGAGGACAAGGUCACCAAGGACGAAUAGUGCCCGAUCUGGCUUAUGGACUGGAAACCUUUAUGUGGAUUUUAAUUGUGUUCUUCUUGAAGCAGGCCACAUUCAAUGUCUUCAGCACAGGGGGCGUAGUCUGCAGGGAGAAAGAGGAAUAUAUGUGUGAUAUGAUUAUUUAAGAUUACAUUCAAUUCCCCAUUAUAUGGAUAUUAAACAUAAACUACCUAAAUGUAAUAAUGCACACAGCAAGUGCAAUUAGUCGUUACUACCUACUCUUCACACAUAUAGCAUUCUAUGGCAUAGAGGAUUUCACCAAUGCUCAGUAGAUCAGCCACUACCUUAACGUACUACUACCUAUUCCAAUACUACCUAUAGUAUGCUCUGCUAUACAUUACUGAAACCAUAGACUCUGCAUACAGAUGAGAAGUGACUACUCUGCACACUGAUACAGUCAGACCACCACAACAGUAACAACAGGAAGAAAAAAAAAAACAUAAAAAAAAACAAAUACCCAGCAGCCUUGAUCUCAUCUGCAGUCUUCUUACACCCCAGCCAUGAUGUAGUGUUUCAUUUCUGUGCAAUUAUAUUGAAAGUGACCACAUUGUUUUGUAUUUCAGGGAUUUGUAUUCGUGGAAAGCUGUGUUAUUAGUUGUCAUGGGCAGUAUUUCUAGAUUUUUGAGUUUGUAUCUUCUAUGGCAUGGUUAAUUUGUCUACACAAAAAAAAAAAAAAAAAUCAGUUCAUAAAAAAAAAUCUAUAAAA